AGAGAUGUGUGGAGAUGCGUUGCGUCAUUCGCAACCGCUGCUUGUUUGGAAACGCGUCUCGUUACUUGCAAAUUUUAAAAGCAAGUUUAUUAAAAGCCGAAUUUCUUUCACGCUACUAACAAUGGCGAUGUCGUUCGUACUUUCUGUUAAAACACCGGUGCGUAAAAGCGCGGAGAUUAUUUCAGCGCCUCUUGAGGAUUUAUUAGAGUAUUAAAAGCAGGAAUUUGGAGAUUGUGAGGUAAAUAAAAAUUGUGGUGUUUGUGGAAGUAAAUAGAUAUAGAGGUGGUAAAUAGAUCUGUCUCUUUAAGUUGGCAUUAAAGCCGAUUAACGUUGAUCUCGGUCGUGAUUUUGUUGUACCGUCUGUUCACUGGAUCUGUUUUGUUUUACGCCUCUGCGCGCAGUUUAGAUCAUGUUUUAAUACAAAUUUGUAACUAUAGUUCCGUUUGUUACAGUACACACGCCUUUUGGCAUCGCACUCCCUGCGUAAUUACGCGUUACGGGCGGCUGGAGUCCCCUUGACGCGCGGCGUCGGCGCUUUGAGCUGAACUUCACACCAUCUUCAGUGUGUGAGAAGGACGAUGGCUUCAGUGUGACACUCUUGUGUGUGAAGAUGCAGAAGAGCGUGCGCUAUAACGAAGGGCACGUCCUCUUUCUGUCCACGAUUGCGCGCAAAGACGGCGUGAAGCGCGGCUAUUUGAGUAAGAAAGCGUCGGAAAACAGCCGCUGGAACGAGAAAUACUUCGCGCUUUAUCAGAAUGUACUUUUCUACUUUGAGCACGAGCAGAGCGCGAGACCGUCAGGGAUUUACCUGCUUGAAGGCUGCACCUGCGAGAGGGUUCCGGCUCCAAAGGUGUCAACCAUCGGCAAAGAGACUGCAGAUAAACAGCAGCAUCAUUUUCUGGUCAUCUUCGGUCACGAUGGACAGAAACCUCUGGAGCUGCGGACAGAAGAAGAUGCAGACUGCAGUGAGUGGGUGGAGGCCAUUCAGCAGGCCAGUUACUCCGAUCUCAUCAUCGAGCGGGAAGUUCUCAUGCAGAAGUACAUUCAUCUCGUGCAGAUCCUGGAGACGGAGAAGGUGGCCGCCAAUCAGCUGAGGACACAACUGGAAGAUCAAGAUACAGAGAUCGAGAGGCUGAAGGCAGAGAUCACAGUUUUGAAUAAAGCAAAGGAGAGGAUGUUACUGUAUCAGUCCAAUCAAGAGGAGGAAGAUCCGGACAUCAAAAAAAUCAAGAAGGUGCAAAGUUUCAUGCGCGGUUGGCUCUGCCGGAGGAAGUGGAAGACCAUCGUGCAGGACUAUAUCUGCUCGCCUCACGCCGAGAGCAUGAGGAAGAGAAACCAGAUCGUCUUUAACAUGGUCGAAGCGGAGACAGAAUAUGUCCUUCAGCUGUCCAUCCUGGUUAACUGUUUCCUGCGGCCGCUCCGGAUGGCGGCCAGUUCCAAAAAACCUCCCAUCAGCCACGACGAUGUCAGCAGUAUCUUCCUUAAUAGCGAAACCAUAAUGUUUCUUCAUGAGAUAUUCCAUCAGGGCCUGAAGGCGCGUAUAGCCAACUGGCCGACGUUAAUUUUAGCUGAUCUGUUUGACAUCCUGCUGCCAAUGCUGAACAUUUACCAGGAGUUUGUGCGAAACCAUCAGUACAGCCUGCAGGUUUUGGCAAACUGCAAACAGAACCGAGACUUUGAUAAACUUCUGAAGCAGUAUGAAGCCAACGCUGCCUGUGAGGGCAGAAUGCUGGAAACUUUCCUUACAUACCCAAUGUUUCAGAUUCCUCGCUAUAUCAUCACUCUGCACGAGCUGCUCGCACACACACCUCAUGAACAUGUGGAGCGCAAGAGUCUGGAAUUCGCCAAAUCCAAACUUGAGGAACUAUCCAAAAUGAUGCACGAUGAAGUGAGUGACACCGAAAACAUCCGGAAAAAUCUUGCGAUUGAGCGAAUGAUCGUGGAGGGCUGUGACAUUCUGCUCGACACCAGUCAGACGUUUGUACGACAAGGUUCUCUGGUUCAGCUUCCCUCCAUUGAGAAAGGUAAACUGAGUAAAGUGCGUUUGGGUUCACUGUCUCUGAGAAAGGAGAGCGAACGGCAGUGUUUCCUGUUUACUAAACACUUCCUCAUCUGCACCCGGACCUCCAGUGGAAAACUGCACCUGCUCAAACAAGGAGGCACGUUGUCUCUUAUCGAGUGUGGACUGAUCGAGGAGGUGGACGCCAAUGAUGAAGACUAUAAUGCUGCCGUUCAGGGAUUUAACCAUCUGGAGUUUAAAAUCGUGGUUGAGCCGGCUGAUGGUCCAUCAUUUACAGUCACUCUGCUGGCACCGUCUCGACAGGAGAAAGCUGCGUGGACCAGUGACAUCAGCCAGUGCAUUGACAACAUUCACUGUAAUGGCCUAAUGACCAGCGUGUUUGAGGAAAACUCUAAAGUCACUGUGCCUCACAUGAUCAAAUCUGAUGCCCGGCUGCACAAGGACGAUGUUGAUAUUUGUUUCAGCAAAACGUUAAACUCGUGCAAGGUCCCACAGAUCCGUUAUGCCAGCGUGGAGAGACUUCUGGAACGACUGACAGACCUGCGCUUCCUUUCCAUCGACUUCCUCAACACCUUCCUGCACACGUAUCGAAUCUUUACCACUGCUGCCGUGGUGAUGGACAAACUGGCCGACAUCUACAAGAAACCUUUCACGUCUAUACCCGUCAGGGUUCAGUAUCAUUCAUCUGACCGUUUGUCCAUCACCUCCAUCUGUCCAGACUACAGUCUGAAGAUCACAAGACUCGCGCUGGAUCAGUCCAAGUCCCUUGAACUUUUCUUCGCCACAAACCAGGGCCCAUGGAGUGGAGAGCACCUAAACAACAAAUCCCCGCGGCUGUCACGCAAGUUCUCGUCUCCUCCGCCCGUAUCUGUCCCGUCCCGUACGGCUUCCCCAAUCCAAGCCCGCAAACUUUCCCUCAGUUCUGCUGUGGGCUGUAGGGGUGGAGCCCUGGACCUGUCGACGGCCACGUCCUCCGCAUCCGGCAGCCCGACGUCCACCUAUAACCCCCUCAUCUCCUCCCCCCCUCCCACCUGUACCAAGGCCCCUCUGGACCUCAGCCGGGGUCCCAGUUCUCCCGAGCUCGCAUCCACCACUCCGGACGAGGGCGGGGACCUGCCACGUAUAGACGCCUUCUGCGGGAAGCUGCGGAGGAGUAUUCGUAGAGCUGUUCUGGAGUCAGUGUCAUUGGACAAGUUCAUUCCCGAGACGCCCGUGUCGAGUGAGACUGGAGAUCUGUCACCCUGCCGAUCUCCAUCCACACCACGACACCUGCGCUGCAGACAGCCAGCAGGUCAGUCUCCUGAUAACAACCGCUGUUCCGUCUCUCCGGCCUCCGCGUUCGCCAUCGCCACAGCCGCGGCUGGACACGGCAGCCCGCAAGGUCAGACGACACAGAUCGCUUCAGACGGCUCACACGAUCUCCUACGGCCUUUGGUUAUGAUCCCGCUGGCUGCCACCAACAGGGUUCUCAAUGUCCUGCGCCAUUGGGUUUCCAAGCACUCGCAGGAUUUUGAGAUGAAUGCAGAGUUGACGACGGCUGUGAUCUCUCUCCUGGAGGAGGUGCUCAGAGAUCCUGAUCUACUUCCACAGGAACGGAAAGCCACGGCAAACAUACUAAACGCUCUUUCUCAGGAUGAUCAGGACGACUCGCAGCUGAAGAUUGAAGACAUCAUGCAGAUGUCGGAGUGUCCGAGGAAUGAAUGCUUUGAGUUGCUCUCAGCUAUGGAGGUUGCUGAACAGAUCACACUGUUGGAUUAUAUAGUUUUCCGGAAUAUUCCAUAUGAAGAGUUUCUGGGUCAGGGCUGGAUGAAGAUGGACAAAAAUGAAAGAACGCCAUACAUUAUGAAGACAAGUCAACACUUCAACGAUAUGAGCAACCUGGUGGCGUCUGAGAUUAUGGCUCAUUCCGAUGUUGGAUCCAGGGCCAGCUCGAUUGAGAAAUGGCUCGCCGUCGCAGACAUUUGCCGCUGUCUCAACAACUACAACGGUGUCCUGGAGAUCACAUCAGCCCUGAACCGCAGCGCUAUCUACAGGUUAAAGAAAACAUGGGCCAAGGUCUGCAAACAGACUAAAGCGCUUAUGGACAGACUGCAGAAAAUCGUAUCAUCCGAAGGAAGAUUUAAGAACCUGAGAGAAACGCUGAAAAAUUGUAACCCUCCGUGUGUGCCCUAUCUGGGUAUGUACCUGACUGAUUUGGCAUUUAUUGAGGAAGGAACGCCCAACUUCACAGAGGAGGGUCUCGUCAACUUCUCUAAAAUGAGAAUGAUUUCACACAUAAUUAGAGAAAUCCGACAGUUUCAACAAGCCCCCUACAGGAUUGAGCUUCAACCCAAGGUUACUCAGUUCCUACUUGACAAGACUCUUGUAAUGGAUGAAGACACACUGUAUGAUUUAUCUCUAAAGAUUGAGCCACGUCUCCCCCCUACACGCUAAACAUCAUCAUGUUUACAUCGCACUGCAAACUUAGAUAUCAGAAGUAUAAAGUUGUUUAUAUCAAAUAAUAAUGGGCUAAUGUAUGAAAAUCCAUACAUCUGAACUGAAGUCUAUCCAGUAUGGAAACAGUAGCUUGGCCAUAAAAUCAAAUCCAUAUCUUGUGUGUGUGCGUGCGUGCGUGCAUGCGUGUGAAUUAAUAGGUUUUAUGCCUAUUUCUGCUUCGAAAUGUAAACAUUUGUAUUUAAAAUAUAUAAAUAUAUAUAGAUAGAAACUUUAUGUAAGCAUUUUUCCAUUGAAAUGGGCAUUGGUUGAACAAAUGUGGGUACCACAAUGCUUUUGAUGUAAACUCAGGUUCAAAUGUGCCUUUUCCUAAAUAUCAUGUAGUUACAUUUCAUCAUAGAUAUUUCUAGCAUGAUGCAUUUUAAUAUCUGAUAUUGUCUGAAAAUGUUUUACCUGAAUGCAAAAUAUUAGAAGCCUGAUUCCUAUUUAAGAUGUUUUGUAUGUGUACAAAUGUAUAUUUUGUAUGUGAUAUGUGUUCGAUGAAGCUAAACAGUGUUUACCUGUAACUAGCUGGUCCUCUUUUCCGAUCAGUCCUCCAUUUAAAAAAAUCCAAGGACCACAGCAACAUCUCCAUCUACUGGCAAAGGAUGUAUGUUAUAAGCUUCACCAAGCACCUUUAUUGUUUACCAAAUUUAAUAUGUUUUUACUAUAGUAAUUUAUUAAUGCUAGAUAUUAAUUCAGGUAUUUAACAACAGAUGGACUGCAUUUAUUUAUUGUAGCAUGUUAGUUUAUGUCAGUUUUUUGGGCAAGUGUGUGCAUAAAUUUGCAUUUAAAUAGCUACACAUUUUAAAUAAAAUAGAUUUAAAUUAGAUGAAUUUAAUUUGCAAUAUAUUUUAUGUUUCUUUUGGAUAAAUGAUAGGAAAUUUUAAUAUUCACUUUGAAGUCUAAUGACAUUCUUACGUAAAGAAAUGUAGUGCAGUGAUGGUAGCAGAUGGUAUUACCAUAGUACUGAAUGAUUACUUUAUUCAUUUAUUAUUGUAUUUACAUGCUUCUUAAAUGCACUACACACAAUACCAUGGUAAUACCAUGUCAAAACAAAAAUCAUGGUAGUUUUUGAUGAGUGCAGAUAAAGUUGUUUACUUUUGCAUAAACGUGAGAAUCACUCAUGGGUUUACAGGUUGGUUUCAGAAGAAAACAUACCCAUUUUUAAACUUUAUAUUUUAGUCAGUUUUUGUAUAAAGUAAAUGAAUUAUUGUUUGACUAAUGUGAAUAUGAAUACAAGAUAUGUUCAUGUAAAGAAUAUGAAGUGUUUUAUUUAUAAUUUAUGUUUAUUUCAGCAUUUUAUUAUAUAUACACAUUUGAAGUAGUUGACUGACCCACAUUGUUUUUUUUAAAUAAUUGAGUUAAAUAAUUGAAUUCAUGCACACUUUCUUGACCUUUGUUUGUAUAAAUGAAUGUAUAUCUGUUUUUCAGCUACAGACACAAAUGUA